GGAAGCUCGACAAGCCUUCUCCCGUCGCGACUGUUGAUUGACAAAGUAACAAGCUGGUAAUCGAGACCUUGUCACCACCAAUUCCAUACAACACAUAUUCGAUUACGCGUUGUCCAAAUAAGUCAAGAUGAAGCUGGUCAGGCUGCCAGCCCGUGUUCGCGCGCGUCCAUGCUGCUCUACUAGAAAAAGAACACCAAGGGCACCAGGCUGACGAAGUGGAAUCCGUUACUUCAACACUGCAGAUUUUUGAUGAAAUGCGCCAACGAGACGGUGACGAUUGAGUUGAAGAACGGCACAAUUGUACACGGCACUAUCGCCUCGGUCACACCCCGCAUGGACACUGCGCUUCGCAACGUCAAGAUGACCCCCAAGGGCCAGGACGCUGUGGCUCUAGAUGCCAUGAACAUUAGGGGCUCGACCAUCCGUUACUUCAUACUCCCCGAUUCUUUGCCGCUCGAUACAUUGCUAGUUGAUGAUUCCGUGAAGCCCAAGAACAAGGCGAGAAAGGAAGCGGACCGCAGCGCCGGCGGCAGAGGUGGCCGUGGUGGCCGUGGCAGAGGAAGGGGAAUGGGUCGCGGCCGCGGUCGUGGCCGUGGCUAAGCGGAUCUCGUUUCUUUGGGAUCGGCCACGGCGUACGUCUCCCUGGACGACAGAAACGUGCGAAUUAGAUUUUUUUUCAAAGACGAUACGAUGCUAUACUACGGUUAAUGGUGGAUUUUUUUCGGUUUUUUAUGCCCCCUUCGGUCGACCGGCUUGACCGUCUUGGUAGGGAAGAUCAAGGCCGGCCCGAAAUAACGUCCGGUGGCGACGACACGACAAAAUCGACGAUGAGUGCGCUUCAGAAAAUCGAGGAGCAUAUCCCAGAUCUUCACUUGAGCGACACUCGAGAUUCACCUCAUUCGCAUCGAGUGUUACACACAUAAACACCACUCCCCCUCAUCGGAUCGGAGCAGAGGGCAAGCAUUGGGAUUUCGUUGCGGCGUUCUGGACAGGAUAAAAUCACUUUGCUAGCGGGAAGGGAGAGAGAGAAAGGCGCGCCCAACCGCCACCGGAAUGAACUAUUUUAUGUAUCACAAAACAGAUAGACGGCGAUAUAUGCCUACUGGAGAAGGCGGCACAAUCAGCAACUCUCUAUACCAAAUUUCCCCCA